UUCCUUUACCGCCCUCGGACACAAAUAUCUGCGUGGACAUGUAGGAUUCGCAACGCCCCCGCACCGACGAAGGAGACGAAUAAACACGCAAAGGCCACACCGAUCGGCGACAGGGAGAGAAAAAGUGAGCGGCUUUCUUAUCCGGGUCUUCGCCGGCCGUGCGCGCUCUGCAGAGUACGGGAACGGGGACUGGGGGCUCUGAUCUGUUGUUCUAGUUGUAGUUAGCUAGAGACAUGGGCAGCGAGUGCAAGGAGCACCUUCAGCUCCACGCCGGCUUCGGCGCCGGCGGGGGAGGGUUGUCGCCGCCGCAGCAGCAGCUGCAGGCCGGCGCCAUCGCGCCGUUCGUGGCCAAGACGUUCCACAUGGUGAGCGACUCGGCCACGGACGCCGUCGUGCGCUGGGGCGGCGCCAGCAACACCUUCCUCGUGCUCGACCCCGCCGCCUUCUCCGACUACCUGCUGCCCUCCUACUUCAAGCACCGCAACUUCGCCAGCUUCGUCCGCCAGCUCAACACCUACGGGUUCAGGAAGGUGGACACGGACCGGUGGGAGUUCGCGCACGAGUCGUUCCUGCGCGGGCAGGCGCACCUGCUGCCGCUGAUCGUGCGCAAGAAGAAGAAGGCGGGCGGCGGCGGCAGGGAGCUGUGCGAGGAGGGGGAGGAGGUGCGCGGCACCAUCCGGGACGUGCGGCGGCUGCGGGAGGAGCAGCGGGGCAUGGAGGAGGAGCUGCAGGCCAUGGACCGCCGCCUGCGCGCCGCCGAGAGCCGACCGGGACAGAUGAUGGCGUUCCUGGCCAAGCUGGCCGACGACCCGGGAGUUGUGCUGCGCGCCAUGCUCGCUAAGAAGGAGGAGUUGGCCGCUGGCAAGGGGCUGCCUCCCACGCCGCUGCCCGUGGAGGCGCCGGGCAAGCGGCGGCGGAUCGGGGGGGCCGAGGCGGCCGGCGGCGCGGGCGAGGCCGCGGCGGCGGAGCUGGCGCAGGGCAGGGGCGCCGUGCCGUUCCCGUUCUCUGUCCUCGGCCAAGUGUUCUACUAGGGUAGAUAGGGACAGGUGGACUGUAUACUGUAGUACUGUAGCGUAUGUAUAUAUAUGACUCGUACCCUUCAUCGUAGCGUAACUUUGCCUCCGUUUUAUCGGUUAAUACUGUAGUUUUGUGAAAGGUGAACGGGUUGGUUAUGCAGAGUUGAUAAGAAAAUUUAGUGUUUUGCUUAUGAAGUUAACAGAGUUGAAAGGUUAA